UCCAGAAAACAUUGAAAACAUAGAGCUCUAGAAAAAGAAUGAAAUUCAGAAGCACGCGCGGCCUGGUCAACGAUGUGACGUUUCAAGAAGGAGUAUUCAUGGGUUAUGCUAGUGAUGGUGGUUUGCUCAUGCCAGAAUCUCUUCCUAAAAUUGGYCUCCAACAGAUGGAAUCGUGGAAGGACCUUUCGUACGUGGAUCUUGCAGUCGAAAUUUUAUCUUUAUUCAUAUCAGAGAGCGAAAUCACGAAGACACAACUUCGAGGUAUUGUUAUCAAUGCAUAUGGUAGUGACUUUGAAUGUCCAGUGGCAGACUUUCCUGGAAGUCUUCAUAUACUAGAACUCUUCCAUGGCAAGACAAAAGCUUUCAAAGACGUUGCCUUGGCUCUAACUGCUCAAUUUCUGGACUUCUUUCUUGAAAAAGAAAGAAAACACAUAACUCUUCUUGUAGUUACGUCAGGGGACACAGGAAGUGCAGCAAUAGAAAGUGUUAGAAAAUCCCAAAACAUAGACAUUAUUGUUCUCUUCCCAAAAGGAUACUGCACUAAAGUCCAAGAACUUCAAAUGACAACUGUAAUGGAUAACAAUGUCCAUGUCUUUAAUGUUGAGGGUUCAAGUGAUGAUGCUGAUGUACCUAUAAAAGCAUGUUUGAUUGAUAAAGAAUUUGCUGGAAAGUAUAAUCUAGGAAGUGUUAAUUCUGUUAACAUCUCAAGGRUUUUAGCACAAGUUGUUUAUUACUUUUAUGCCUAUUUCAAAGUCUGUAAGGAAGUUGGGAAAACAGUGAGGAUAGUAGUACCAACAGGAGCUAUGGGCAAUGUUACAGCUGGUUGCAUUGCAAGCAAGAUGGGACUCCCAAUUUUACUUCAUUCUGUUGUGAAUGAAAAUAACUGUGUAUUCAAGAGCCUCACAAGUGGUAUAUUUGCUGGAAGCACAGCCACCACAAAAACCUGGUCACCGGCAAUGGAUAUACAGUCGGAGAAUACAAUUGAAUCUAAUCUAAAAAUUGUUGACUUAAAUACUGGUAAACAAUUAUUAGUACAUAUUCAUGGCAUCUUGCUUGAAGUGUGUGUCUCAAAUGGUCUUACAAAAUCACAGAAACAACUGCUUUACCUUGGGUUCACUGUCAAACAGGAUGCUUGA